GAAUUGAAUCAAUUGAGGAUUCAGCUUUAUGAGUCAGUCAAUGUUCUACCACUUCAAGAAACGGUUUGCGGUGCUUCACCGUGAAUUAAACGCGCGUUUUGUCCAUGUGUUACAGUAUUAAUACGUAUUCGUCGUAAUCGAUAUGUGGACCUGAUUUGACGCUCGUAGCAGCACGUAGGCUACGUAACGUUAGGUCAUCUUGACUCGAGUGAUGUUUUGACAAGAUUUUUGGUUUCGGUUGCUGUCGUCUAGUCGCUGUGUGCUAAACAUCAACACUCUGAGAGAUACAAGUUGGAAAUAUCUCAGAAGUUUAUAAUCUCAUAUGCGAGUCCCCCUUGGCUCAAAUCUGGAUCCUCCACCUGUGUAACAUAUCCAUCACCUUGGCAUUGAAGUGAACUGCCAGAAAAGUGAAUUGUGAUCUGUUUAAACAGACACAGAUGCCUCGAUGGGGGACAUGUACCAGCAAGCACUCUCGUUGGUCAAGCCCAGUAGCUCAAGGGCUGGUUUUGUGUGUUUUAACCUUUGGAGUGAUAUUGCCUACAUGCUGCCAUCGUCGACUUUACUCAUAUUAUUUUUUAAAGAGUGUUUAUCUUGAUUCACUAAGCGAGGCAUCACUACAAAAAAGCCACGACAGAGGUAAGGAAGCCCUGCAUUUCUGGGAGAGUGCUGCCUCUACGAAAAGCCUAAAGGACCCUUUGGAGACGGAUGCUAAGAAACCAGAUCUCCUGAUCACCAUAGUGACAUCCAGGAGGAUAGAGGGGAGGGACUAUCACUACCUGUUGCAGGUGGCACAACAGCUCAAAUCGCUCCUUAAGGCAUGUGGCGAAAAACCAUGUGCUGAGGUCAUGCUCUGUGAUGUCGAAAGUGGUCCCGAUUUGAACGAAGAUGCUUUGCUACUAGAGAAAGAGUUCCUGGUUGUUAGGCGUUCACCAAAUGAGAAAUGGAACAGCAAAGAUGUGGACAACAUCUUCGAGAAGGAGAAAAGAGAUUACGUUUUUUGCCUGCGGAAAGGAUGGGACCUGAUGAGGCCAAAAAACGUCGUCGUCCUGGAGGACGAUGCACUUCCGAUGACCGAUUUCUUCCCGUUGAUUAAAGACUUACUCUCGCGGAGAUUUGCCCUCAAUACUUUAUACAUAAAGCUCUACCACCCAGAACGUCUUCAGAGAUACUGGAACCCAGAGCCGUAUCGCAUUCUAGAAUGGCUGGGUCUCGGCCUGUUUGGGGCUACAAUCCUCCUCCUCUUUUUAUCUCACUGUACACCUCUUUCAUUUACCUUCUCACCUCUUCGUCUACUCUUCUUAACUCUCUACAUAAUGGCCGUGUCUGAGCUGGCAGGGAGGCACUAUCUCCUGGAGAUCAGACGGCUCUCACCCCAGCUGUAUGCUGUGUCUCCUGCCACUGAAUGCUGCACCCCUGCUAUGCUCUACCCAGGUAAUGCCUCCAUCCGAGCUGCCCAAUACCUGGACCAGGCCGUCUGUGUUAGGGGUAAUGCCAAAGACAUGGUGCUGUACAAGAUAGCCAGGUCGACGCCAGGUGAGAAGGCACACAGCGUUGAACCCAAUAUCAUCAAGCAUAUCGGAGCUUACUCCUCCAUCAGGAGGAACCCUCCUCUACCCAGAUUAAUUUGACAAUGGUUUUUUUUUUAACAGAGGUUGAAUAUGAAACCCAUUUUGGGCACUAUUCAUUAGAAAAUGUUUCAAUUUUGUGGCUGAAAUAUGAAUAUCUUUUUAGAAGAUCAAACAAUUUUUUUUUU